GAAUGACUAUAUAAACUUGAAGGUUAGGGGGUGGAAUUAAAAAGCCCUGACAAUGGCUGAAGUCACUGAACUAAACGAGAAAGAACCUUUGAUAGGUCAAAACAAUGGAAGAGGAAGAGGUCGGGGGAUACUAAGAGGACAAAGAGCAGCUGGAUUUGGGAGAGGCCAUGCUUAUGAGAGACGCCUUGGAAGAGGAAGUAGAUCACCUGGCCAGGGAAAUGGAGAUUCUGCUGAAAGUGAUCUAAGUGAAAAUAGCUCAAGAGCUAGCUCUAUGAAAUCUGAAAAGUCAGAGUGUCCUACUGUUCAAGAUCUUGAUGCUGAAAUACAGAAUAUUGUACCUGAGCCAAGGGGUCCUUACUUAGAGCCAAAUGAGGGACUGCAUCAGAGACCGGUUCACGAAUAUGAAGAGGUACCACCACAGCCGCCACCACCACCACCACCACAUGCGCCACCACCACCACCACCACCACGGAGACCGCCACCACCCCCACGGAGACAACAACCACAACCGGUGAGACAUAAUGCAGUAAGGCUAAUAGUGGAUAAUGAAGAAAUCAUGUAUCCAUUUAAACGAGGCUGUUGCUUGGACUGUUGCACAAGGAAACUAUCAAACAACAGAAAGAAAUGCUCAGCUGUUGCUUUCUUCUUUGCUAUACUGUUCUUAGCAGGGUCAAUAGCAUGCUUAGUGCUUGUUACUAAGUAUCCUGAAGUACUAACAGACACUACCGAAAACAUCACAUUGCACAUUCCACCAAAAAGUGCAGUAAAGCUCAGUCUUACUGACUACAACAUCAGUACCAUAAAGACAGACCAGCUCACCAUUGCUGCUGCAAGCAAUGCAGGAAAAGAACACAAAGGUUUGGUAACAAUUGCUGCGACUCACAACAGAAAGGAAUGCACUGAUGCGGACAAGAUAACAAUAAAAAAGUCUUACGAGUAUGAUAAAACUGAAGAAAAAUCCUUCCUACGCUACUGGCCAUCAUCAAGUCACAUAUCAGUAAAGAUUUCCAUCCAUCACAAUAGUUCAAAUCAUGAUCACCACAUAACAGUUUGGAAAUGGGGUACUUUAAGUAAUCCCCCACCUGAUGUUAGCUGUGAAGCAAUAAAACCUGGAGCAUCAAUUAUAAAUGGAGGAAGCACCAAUGAAAGGAAGAUUAAUGAAAGCAUCUUCUUUGACAGCAAACCAAAGAAGAAUCACAUGAUCAAAAUAACAUUCUGCAAUAAAAAUCCCAACAUAACAACGACAGCUAAUAUAGAGAUAAAAGAAUGCGUUGCUUUGCCUAACAGAGCACUCUGCAAGUAUAUUUAUAUUGAUGAUACUAUCAGUGAGAAGCCUAAUCCGGUUGAAGUGCAGUUUCAGGGUUUCUUCUCAGAAAUGCUAAAGCACUCGAUGCUAUACAUUGAUACACGUCACAUGAGCAGCUCAAAUAAUGAAGCUGAUAACGAAAUCCAGCUAGAGCUCCAAAAUCAAACAAGCAGUAACCCUCUGAAAGAAAUAGUUAUAGCAAUAACUGUUAUAUUGUUUAUUGCAUCCAUUUUAUUUUUCUCACUAGGAUGCUUCUGCAUUUGCUGCUGCAGAAGGAAAGAAUUCUGUGGUUGUGGAGUGUAUUAUCAAAACAAAAGAGUUUGAGAAUUGAGAGUAGUCACUAGAGUACAUGUACUUUUUACUGUUAAUUGUUUGUAUUAUGCUGCCUUAAUGUUGUUUUUAAUCAUUAAUAAUUAAUUAA